AUGACCGAUGAUGAGCUUUACCACGCACUCAGAGCUCGCAAAAUUCGCUUGGGUGUAGCUCAAGAAAUCGCUUCAACUUAUGCUCCAACCCAUGUUAUUCUAACAACUCUCGUUAGUCCUGUUCAUGGCGUAACAAAAGCCAGUGUUAAAACAACUGGUUUAAUUGCUCAUUCAAUCGAUUUAUCUGAAGUUAAUGAUUUGAUUGAAGUUGUAAGCGAUCUAAACGAUGCUAUAGUCGAUUUUUGUGAUGUCAUUAAUGAUAUUAGUGUAUUAUGCCUUGCUAUAAUGGAUAGUUCUGAUGGCGAAAAUGUAUUAAAUGGAAUUAAUCAGGUUUCAGAUGUUGUAAAUAAUUUUAAGUCGAAUGACGGAGCAUUUGCUGAUUUAACUGUCACAAGUACUGUAGCUCAGGUUGCGGUUGAUGCUUCAGAUAAAGUUCGUACGAGUGUCGAAGGAUUUAAAAAUGUGACAUCAUCAAUAGAUCUCUCAGUCCUUACUAGUAGAUUCACUUUGUUCACUAAUGGAAUUUUGAAAUCCGAUGCUGAUACUGUAGUUGAAGUCAUUGACCUCGUCGACGAAACUAAAGAUCUUGUUACGGAUGAUAAAAAAGGUUCUACAGAUUUAAAUUCUACAAAUAACUCUGUAAAACAAAUUGAACCUACUCGUAUCUUAGUUAAUAUUGCUAAUUUUCGUGAAAUGAUGGAAAAUCAUAUUUCUCAAUAUACUACCAACAAAUCUUUCAUCCCUUUAAAAUCUGAAAACAAUGAAUGUUUAACUACAGAUGUUACAACAGUGGAUAAUGAGAAAACUAUAAAAGAAAAAUCUGAUUCUAUCCUCGAUAUGAAUAUUCAAAAUAUUACUGCAGCAGCUGCAUCAUUUAAUAUUUCCGAUCUUAGUACUACUAAAUCAUCAAAAUAG